AUGGCAGGUGCUUCUCUGACACGUAUGUGUUCAAGGCUUUCGAUCCAGGAAGAGCAGAAGGAGAAAAUCAUCAUCAAUGGGGAAUGGGUGGAGGCUCCGGAGGGUGAGGUAGGUGGCGCUUAUUUGAUUGGAAAAUUGUUACUGCAGAAACCGGCCACGGCGGGGGAUUUAAGGGCUGUUUUCCAGCAAAUUUGGAAGAUUAAAGGUGACCUUAUUGUGAGGGAAGUUGGUGAGCGGCUAUUUGUUUUCCAAUUCCCUGAUGUUCUUGAUCGUGACAGAGUCUUAGUUUCUCAACCUUGGUUAUUUCACAAAGCUCUACUGGUGCUGCGGGCAUUUGAUGGUGUUCAACAUCCUGAUACGUUUACGUUUGAUACAUUCCGUUUUGGCCUUUUGGGUGAAGGGCGAUAUUUGAGAAUAAGGGUUGAUAUGGAUUUGCAGUGCCCCUUAAAGCUGGAAUCAACUCUUUCCUUUCCAGAUGGGGAAUCAGAAGUCACCUUUGAUUAUGAGAAAAAACCCGAUUAUUGUUGGGUUUGCGGUCUUAUUGAUCAUCAAGAGACUGAGUGUGUUGUAUCGGUGGCAAUGAAGUUGGAGACUGGUUUUGCCAUUCAAAAAUACAAGCCUGAUAGGUCGAAUACUUCUUUUGUGAUGGGGAGAACAUCUGUUACUCCAGGUCAGAGACAGAGAAGGGAUGGUCGUGCUGCUAACCGGCAAGGCAGCCAGUCGGUGCCGGCAAAGACUGGUGCCAGCGUGGGCAGCCCAUUUCGCAGACACGUGGAUAGUAUGCUGCUCAAUAAUAGAAGAGUGGCACGUGCGUUGGUCUAUGAGGAUGUUAGUUGCGAGAUUAUUUCAAAAAUGGAUGAUAGGGUGGUUGCAAAGGCCCCGAUUCUGCAGGGAGUGGAGGAAGUUGCUCAGCGUCGGAAUGUCGGUUCGAUGUCUCCUAGAAAUUCGGUAACAACUCCGUUAAAGGGGGAAAUGCAGGUUGGUGGACCGAGUAGAAAGGGGAAAGAGGUUGUAGGUGCUGCCGAGAAAGGAGGAGAUUCUUUUAUUCCGUUAGGGAAUACUUCCCCUACUGAGAGUUCCGAUUCCUCCUCUUCUUUUUCUUCAAACGGUAUUUGGGCUGCUUUUAAUAGGCCUGAUCAUAAUCCUAUCAUUCCAGGGGUUGGGCCAACGGAAUUGGGCUUAUCCAAGGAAGGAAUUUAUGAUGUAGGAUCCAUUAAGAAGUUGGGUUCUAAUGAGAUUGAUGCAGGUUUGGAUAAUAUAGGGUUGGGUCUGAAUGGUACGACUGUGGAACCAACAACAGAGGGAUAUGAUCCUGCUUCUCCUUUUGUUUUUGGAGCUAAGGCUGCGCCUAUUAGGCGUGUUCGAAAAUGGAAGCAAGCUGCUCGGGUUUCUGAUAAAUACUCUUGUGAUCUCUUCUGUCAUGAACCAUCUUUCAAGGUUGGUACCAAACGCUUUUCUUGUGUUGUUAUUCGUAAUGUUAACUCUAGUGGGAGUGUUCUGAAAAAAUCCAGGGAAAAUGAUAUGGAAGUGGAUGGUGACGGUGGCUCUAAUCCGGAUGUCAAUGAAGCUCUAUUGGCAGAGAAUCCAGGUGGACUGGCCUUGUUAUGGAAAAAAGAAGAAUGCAUUUCCCUUUUGUCUUAUUCGUUUUGGCAUAUUGAUGUUUCAAUUGGCACUUCUGAUAAAUGGAGAUUUACUGGUUUUUAUGGAAGACUUGAGACUAGUAGGAGGCAUGAAUCCUGGGAUCUUCUAAGGUCUCUUAAUUUACAGUUCUCUCUUCCUUGGCUUUGUGCUGGGGAUUUUAAUGAUAUUACAAACAACUCGGAAAAGGAUGGUGGAGGGCUUAGACCGGUUCGACAAAUGGAUAUUUUUAAUGAGGUUAUAGAUGAAUGUGCUUUUCGUGAGUUACCGGUAGUAGGACCAAGGAUGACCUGGUCUCGAAAAAUUAAUGGCCAUUUUAUCUAUGAACGUCUUGAUCGUAGCUUUGCUAAUGUCGCCUGGUGGGAGAAGUUUGAGUUUUCAAUUGAAAAGCACCUUAUUUCAACUAAAUCAGAUCAUUUGCCUCUUCUUUUAACUAUAUCGGCCCAACCCAUUAAUCAAAGGACAAAGAAAAAGCCAUUUAGAUUUGAACAGAUGUGGACAGCUCAUUCCACUUUUGAGUCUGCAAUUAACCAAGCAUGGCCUGAUGGUGAUUUUAAUAUUUCCACGAAGUUAGAAAAAUGUCGUAUUCAGUUGGAGAAGUGGAAUUGUAUGGUCUUUGGGAAUCUGCAACGCAAUAUAGCGGCCAAGAAAAGAGAAUAUGAGGAGCUGUUUAUUCAAGGCACAGAGGGGGAUAGGAAUACGCGUUUUUUUCAUGCUUUAGCUUCAUCGCAUAGGCAAAAGAAGAGUAUCCAAUCUAUUCAAGAUGAUGGGGGGAAUUUUAGUUAUGAUCAAAAGGCGAUUGGGGUGGUAAUUACGAGACAUUUCAAGGAGAUUUUUACAUCUUCAAAUCCGACUCCGGCAGCGGUUCAGGAGGUUGUGCAGCAUUUGGAAUGUCGGGUCUCGGCGGACAUGAGGAAUGUACUUGAGGCGGACUUUACAGUCGAGGAGAUUAAGCGGGCGGUUUUUCAAAUGGGCGGGUCGAAGGCACCAGGGCCGGAUGGUUUUUCACCAGCAUUCUUCCAAAAAUGCUGGUCGGUGGUGGGUAAGGACGUUGUUAAUUUUGCUCUUGCUUUUCUCAAUUCGAAUACUCCUUUACCAGACAUAAACCAUACGAAUGUGGUUUUGAUUCCAAAAAUUGAUGAUCCGAAAACUGGUAAGGACUUUCGUCCCAUAAGUCUCUGUAAUGUGAUUUUUAGAGUUGUUUCCGAAGCUUUGGCUAACAGGCUUAAGGGUCUCUCUAGUAUGAUUCAGUCGGCGAGUGCGGUAGGGAAAAUUCAAGGUGUGUCUGUGGCGAGAUCUGCUCCAAAAGUGACUCAUCUAUUUUUUGCAGAUGAUAGUAUUUUGUUCUUAAAAGCCUCUAGAAGCGAUUGUGAAGAAGUACUCUCUGUGUUAGAUAGGUUCGAAGCUGCUUCAGGCCAGAAAAUAAAUAUUGAUAAGUCCUCUAUUAUGUUCAGUGCUAAUACGGAGUUUCGUUAUAUUAAGGAUCGUCUCCAGAAGAGAAUAUCGGGUUGGAGAUCAAAAAUUUUCUCUUCAGCUGGAAAAGCAGUUAUGAUACGAGCAGUGGCACAGGCAAUCCCAGUUUAUCUUAUGAGUGUUUUUCUUUUCCCUAAGUCCUUUGUACAGGAGCUUAAUGCUAUGAUUUCAAGAUUCUGGUGGGGUGAUUCAAGUAGUCAACGAAAAAUUCAUUGGAAGCAUUGGGAAUCACUAUGUGUCUCUAAACUAGAUGGGGGUUUAGGAUUCAGAGAUUUUGAAUCUUUUAAUUUGGCCCUUCUUGCGAAACAAGGAUGGAGGAUACUGCAAAACCCAGAGUCUUUAUGUGCUCGGCUUCUUAGAGCGAAAUAUUACCCAAGGGGGAAUUUCAUGCAAGCUCAACUCGGAUCAAAUCCAUCCUUUCUUUGGAGGAGUUUGGUUGCAGGGAAGAGAGUAAUUGAUGUAGGGUCUCGGUAUCGCAUUGGUUCGGGGGAAUUGAAUAUAUGGAGGGAUAAGUGGAUCAAUAAACCUCCCACUUUCCAACCAUUGUCGAAAAAUGUGGCCAAUAUGCCUGAUAUUACAGUCUCGGAAUUGAUAGAUUUUGAGAAUUGGUCUUGGCGCUAUGAAGAGGUGUUGGAUAUUUUUACAGAGGAAGAUGUUGCCCGUAUUUUUAGUAUUGUGAUUCCAAGGCAGCAGGUGCAGGAUCGUUUGAUAUGGAGUGCGGCUAGGCUUGGUAAUUUCACAGUUAGUUCAGCCUACCAUGUUGCGAGGAAGGUGAUGGGAAGACCUGAGUUGCCGGUGGAGGGUAGGACACACAAAUGGCGAUAUAUUUGGAGUGCUAAUGUGUUACCAAAGGUACAAUAUUUUGUAUGGAGUGUAGUAUGGAAUAUUCUGCCUAAUAAAUAUAAUCUGAACUUGAGAGGAAUGAAUUUGGGAGCAAAUUGUGAUGUAUGUGGUGGCAUGGAGGAAUCGACUCUCCAUACUUUCUUUUUUUGUCCUUUUGCUUUAGUGGUUUGGAAUGAGAGUUGCCCCUGGGUGUUACCCUUUAUUGAUCAAUUGGAUUCUGAUUCAGAUUUGUGGGUUUUUUUGUUUGCAAAAGCUACUACAGUAGGCCAAUUACAGAAGUUGUUCUAUACGAUUUGGCUAUUGUGGAGUAAUAGAAAUCGGGCUGUAUUUGAGCUAACGUGUGCUAUGCCUACUGCCCUUGUGAAAUCGGUAAAUUAUUUCAUUGUUGUAGCUAUUCGACGAGAUAGAGGUUUAGAGAGGCAGCAAAGAGAAUUGGAGUGGAUUGCACCUUCACCAGGUACAUGGAAGAUUAACACCGAUGCUUCAUUUUCUUCAUCUACUGGGGAUGCUGGCCUCGGGGUCGUAAUCCGAGAUUAUGAGGGAAAGAUUUUAGUAAGUGGUGCCAGAAUACUCUUCUUUGUUGCGGACUCACUUCAUGCGGAAGUACAUGCUAUCCUCUUUGGGUUUGAACUAGCCUUGGAGCAUGGGAUUACUAGGUGUAUUAUUGAAAGCGACUCCCUUUUGGCUAUUCAUGAAAUCAAUAAAAAAGAAACUGUUUUAUGGGAAGGGGGCCUUUUGAUUGAGGAAAUUAGAGAAAUUGCUUCUUUAUUUGAUUGUUGUUCUUUUCAAUUUGUAAACAGAGAAGCUAAUAGUGUUGCACAUUCAUUAGCUGUUUCCAAGCUGGAUAAUGUGUGGUGCGGGACUAUACCCGGCGUUGUAAUUCUCUAA